AUAUUUCCUCCUGAGCACUGCACAUUUUUAGGACAAUCUUUUCUCCAAUGUCCUUCCUCCCGACUUUCAACGCUACCCCUCUUCGCCCUGGUGCGCACUUCCCUCAAGAUCAAGACAGAAGGGAACCUGGACGUGGCCAACAAAGAGCUGCGUGCCGUCAUCAAGAAGAUUUGGAAGAGGACGAAGCCCAAGCUGCUGGAUGAGGUCAUCCCCCCGCCCGAGGAGGAAGAGGUCACCGUGGGCAAGUUCUAUGCCACCUUCCUGAUCCAGGACUAUUUCCGCAAAUUCCGGCGGCGGAAGGAGCGGGGGAUGCUGGGCCCCAACGCUGGCCCCAGCAACGAGUGUGCGCUCCAGGCCGGGCUGCAGACGCUGCAGGCGCUGGGCCCCGAGAUGCGGCGGGCGCUGAGCUGCGACCUCGAGGGCGACGACGAGGGACCGGCCGCCACCGAGGAGGAGCAGCUGACAUACGCCGCUCCUGAGACCCUGUACGGCUCCGCCCCCAGCCCCCCCCUCCUGGGGGAGCCCCCCCCGGCCGGCAGCCCGGCCCCCACCGAGGGGGAGGACCCCGCGCCCCUUCCCCACAUCGCCCCCAAUCGCCUCGGCGGCAGGCGGCGCUCGGAGGCGGGGGGACAGGAAGAGCCAGCCCCCCCCGAGGACGGGGAAGAGCCGGGGGGGGAGCCGGGCGACAUCAGCCACGAAGAGGACCUGGUGGGCUCGGCCCCCCGCCACCGGUGGGGCGGGGACAGACCGCUGGGGACCGUUCCCGCCCCCCUGCCCCCGCGCUGGGCGGGAGAGGGGCCGCGGGGGGGGGUCGCUGCCGCUGCCCUCCCGGCACUUCGCCCUCCACAACGGGACCCUCGAAGGGCAGCAGCUCAAGCGGCGCCGGCUCCUGCCUCCGACCCCCGCAGGGCUACGGCAGCUCCGAGACUUGGCGCCUGGGGGGCUCCUCGCACGCCUGGGCCACGGCCCCCACCCGCGGCCACGUCCUCUACGCGCCCCUCAUCCUGGUGGAGGGAGGACCGGCGCCGGGGGGGGGGGGGGUGUCGGCGGGAGGAGGCGGGGGGAGCCUCCCCCCGCUCUCACGCUGGUUCGUGGGGGACCGCGCUGCCCCCGGCCCCCUCCGCCUGCGACCCUGCGGACCUAGGGACAGGCUGGGCCGCGGCUCCGCAGACAGCCUGGUGGAAGCCGUGCUCAUCUCGGAGGGGUUGGGGCUGUUCGCCCGCGACCCCAAAUUCGUGGCGGUGGCCAAACGAGAGAUCGCCGACGCUUGCGACAUGACGAUGGACGAGAUGGAAAGCGCCGCUACCGACCUCCUCACCCGCCGCCGUCAUCACCGCCGCCGUUUACAGCGACGAGGAGCCGCUGCGGCCGCCGGC